UCGGUUUCCCGCUCUAGUCAGAAUAUUCAAACCAAGCGCGAUAAGAUAAAUAUCCGAGCUAAGCUAAAGCAAGCAACGCAAGUUUAUAAAACAGUGAAUAGUGAAUUUUCAAGUGAUUUUAAAUCGACAAAAGUAAAAAUGGUGAAAGCUCCAGCAAUUGGUAUCGAUUUGGGCACCACAUACUCCUGUGUAGGUGUCUGGCAGCAUGGAAAAGUGGAAAUAAUCGCCAACGACCAAGGCAACCGCACAACACCCAGUUAUGUUGCCUUUACCGAUACAGAGCGUCUAAUCGGAGAUGCCGCGAAGAACCAAGUGGCUAUGAACCCGUCAAACACCGUCUUCGAUGCCAAAAGAUUGAUUGGACGAAAAUAUGAUGAUCCGAAAAUCCAGCAGGACAUCAAGCAUUGGCCAUUCAAAGUUGUAAGUGACAGUGGAAAACCGAAAAUUGAAGUGGAAUUUAAAGGAGAAAAGAAAAGGUUUGCUCCCGAAGAAAUCAGCUCUAUGGUCCUAACGAAAAUGAAGGAAAUCGCCGAAGCAUAUCUGGGACAACCUGUAAAAGAUGCCGUUAUCACCGUGCCAGCAUACUUUAACGACUCCCAAAGGCAAGCAACGAAAGAUGCCGGUGUUAUUGCUGGAUUGAACGUAAUGAGGAUCAUCAAUGAACCCACUGCCGCCGCAUUGGCCUACGGAUUGGACAAGAACCUGAAGGGUGAAAAGAAUGUUCUCAUCUUUGAUUUGGGUGGAGGUACCUUUGAUGUCUCCAUUUUAACCAUUGAUGAGGGCUCUUUGUUUGAAGUAAGAGCGACAGCUGGCGACACACAUCUUGGAGGUGAGGACUUUGACAACAGGCUGGUUAAUCAUUUCGCCGAUGAGUUCAAAAGAAAGUUCAGGAAAGACCUACGAAGCAAUCCAAGGGCACUAAGGAGAUUAAGGACUGCUGCUGAGAGGGCCAAGAGGACCUUGUCAUCAAGUACAGAAGCCACCAUUGAAAUCGAUGCACUGUUCGAGGGAAUCGAUUUCUACACCAAAAUUACAAGGGCCAGGUUUGAGGAGAUGAACGCCGAUCUGUUCAGAGGAACGCUUCAGCCAGUAGAAAAGGCCCUGGCUGAUGCAAAAAUGGACAAAGGUUCAAUACACGAUAUUGUCUUAGUUGGUGGCUCAACCAGGAUUCCUAAGAUCCAACAACUCCUACAGAACUUCUUCAAUGGCAAACAGUUGAACCUGAGCAUCAAUCCAGAUGAGGCUGUUGCUUAUGGUGCAGCUGUCCAAGCAGCAGUUCUCAGUGGCGAAACCGAUAGUAAAAUCCAGGAUGUACUUCUUGUGGACGUAGCCCCAUUAUCCCUUGGAAUUGAGACGGCUGGAGGAGUAAUGACCAAAAUUAUCGAAAGAAACUCCAGAAUCCCAUGCAAACAAACUCAAACCUUUACAACGUAUGCAGAUAAUCAGCCAGCAGUUACAGUACAAGUCUACGAAGGUGAAAGAGCCAUGACCAAAGACAACAACCUAUUGGGUACCUUUGACCUAACUGGCAUUCCUCCAGCACCACGAGGGGUACCAAAAAUUGAAGUCACUUUCGAUAUGGACGCGAAUGGCAUUCUAAACGUUUCUGCGAAAGAUACAAGCUCAGGCAAAGAGAAGAAUAUCACCAUCAAGAAUGACAAAGGCAGACUAUCUCAAGCCGAUAUCGACAGGAUGCUAUCGGAGGCAGAAAAAUACAAAGAUGAAGAUGAGAAACAAAGGCAGAAGGUAGCGUCCAGGAACCAGCUAGAGGCCUACGUUUUCCAAGUAAAACAAGCUGUCGAAGAAAGUGGGGAUAAAUUAAGUUCAGAUGACAAGGCUACAGUACAGAGAGAGUGUGAGGAGGCUCUGAAAUGGUUGGAUAAUAACACACUGGCAGACAAAGAAGAGUUUGAAGACAAACAGAAGCAACUCCAACAAAUAUGCAGUCCAAUCAUGGCUAAGCUGUACGGUGGUGGCCCUCAAAAUAACAACUAUGCAGGAGGCAUGCCUGGAGGCUGUGGACAACAAGCAGGAGGAUUUGGUGGUUCCAAGUCGGGCCCAACCAUAGAAGAAGUGGACUAAAUUUUUUAGAAUAAUUUUUCAUUUAUACUUUUUUAAGACUGAUUUGAGUUAUUACCAGGACUAUUUAUUUUGAUUUAGAUAGGUGUACUUAUUAUGUUGUAAUUAUUACCAGGACUAAUAAAUAUACAUUAUUUUUUUACAAAUACAA